GAUGGAUGAUCAAACAUGGUAUUUGAGAACGUCAAAGGUGGCUCUGGCCUUGGCAAUUAUCCGCUCAACACCAGCAGACACAAGCAGCAGAGAAUACACAGAGCACCUUGCGAAGGUGGUGUCUGAGCAGGAGUCAACGUGGAAAUCAAAAGUCCAAGCCUUGGAAGCUGAAGUUCUGCAAUUACGCCACACACUUCUUCUGAGCAGGAUGCGUGCGGGAGUGUUUAAGAAUGGAGAUCCGUCUUCCCAGUUGCAGGCUCAGGAACCUGGAAGUUCUGACAAUACAUUAAGUCUGCUGGAAGAUUCUGGGUGUGAUUUAUCAAAUGAGCAGAGAAGUGAACCUUCAGAGGUGGCCCAGCAUUCUGUGGAGAGCUGCACCCGCACACCCUUUCUACCACUGCCCAUUGUGAAAAGACAUUGUGGCACUCUGGAAAAUCCUCUGUCUUCCCACAUGCAAUUCUUGCAACAUUUUCUUGAACUGAAGAACUUGAAAGAAUCAGGGAGUCUGAAAACAGACCUAAGCCACUUUGAAAAUGACUUCUCCACAGUAUCUGAUUCUGUUUUUCAGUUGCUGGAUGGCCUGAUCACUUUUUACCGUAAACCCAAAUUCCCUUUUUCAAGCUUUUGGGCAGAAGCUGUUAAUACUUUAGCUGGACUGAUCAGUGAUUAUAACUUAUCUAAUCAUAUUCUUAAAAAGUGUUCUAAGAAGUUGGAAGAAUUUGAGAAAACCCUACUGCAGGUUAUUUUAAGGAGCAACCAUAUAAACCGGUUUCAGGUGCAGCAUUAUGUGUCCCAGAAUCUGGUAACCCUGGGAAGUUGCAGCUUGUUGAGAAAAUCUAUAAUAUCUCUGCUUCUAUCAGAAGUAAACAGCUUCACUGAUGUUCUGGGUACCAUCAAUCAGGUUCAAGCCAGUUACGUGACACACUACGAAAAUAUCCUCUCCCUGUUCUGGGUUCUGGAGCAGCUGCUUCAGAAGGAAAACAAAGAAGGCAGCGCUUCAGGUGUAGGGCAUGACGACCAAGAAAUCAAGAAAUUUCUUCAAAAGCAUGAUGAAACUAUUUUCCAACUCUCUGAUGCGUUUCCUUUAUUUACUUUUUAUUUAUGGAGACUGGGCAUUCUCUUGAACUCAGUAGAAACUGUUGAGAGUAACUCACUUCCUAAGCAAUUUACUAAAGGUCAGAAGCAUACUGAAGUAUGA